GGAAACUUCAGGCGUCUUCAAGUACUUUCCACCACCACAACCAGCAGUGCAAUCUGGCGGAUUUUGCUACAGAGCCGCCAUCUUUGUGAGACCAGCAAACAGGGAUGAAGCUGGAAGAAACAAACUCAGCCUAGACAGCUGAGAGUUUGCAGAGAGUGGGGAGGGUCCCUUCCAUCAUCCAGACCGAGAGCAUCUGGGAGGGUCUGCGAAGGAUGGCGACCCAUCCUCAGGUGAAAGAGGAACCAGGUGAAGGUCUCCUUCCUCAUGGUGAGGCCCAGUGGGAGGUUGGCCCUACCAUGCCCAAGGAGCCCUGGCCGUGGGACAACGUCAAGGCCUUCCUUGGCUCCUUCGAGCAGGUGGCCCAGGCCUGCCAGUGGCCCACAGAGGAGUGGGCAUCCAGGUUGCUGCCCGCCCUCCGAGGAGAAGCUGAGCAAGCUUAUCGCCGGCUGUCAAGGCCAGACCAAGAGGAUUAUGGGAAAGUGAAGGCAGCCAUCUUGUUUGGAGACAUCCUGAACCGGGAGAAGCAGCGCCAACGCUUCCGGUGUUUCUGCUACCAGGAGGCUGAGGGUCCGCGGGGGGCAUACAGCCGGCUGCAGGCGCUUUGCCAUGAGUGGCUGAAGGUGGAGAGACUCUCCAAGGAGCAGAUCCUGGAGACCCUGGUGCUGGAGCAGCUGCUGGACAUCCUGCCCCAAGAAGUGCAGAAUUGGGUGAGGGAGCGGGACCCCGAGAACUGCUCCCAGGCGGUGGGUCUGGCGGAGGAAUACCUGAACGUGCAGCGAUACACCAAGGCAGAAGAACAACAGGUGAGGGUGUGA